AACCUAAAAUAUUAAUAAUUUAUAAUACAAUUUAUUUUACCCUCACUUUCUUGCAUAUUAUUAUUAUAUUAGUGUAUACUUUUUUGUGAAUAGAAGAGCACGUUAAUAUUUAAAUAUAUCAAAAAAUAAUGAAUGUAUUCAGUGGAGGUUUAAAAUUACUUAUUACAAGGAAUAUCUCUAAAGGUAUAUUAAAAAGAUCUGUUGCUUUUAAAAGUGUUCUGUCAUUAGAUAAUUUGUAUCCUUCUAGCAGCUUAGAACUGACGACUCCAAAUGUGCCUGUUUGUAAAAGGCAUGAGAAGUUCUCUGGUUAUAUUCCCAUAGAUGAACUUAAUAUUACGUAUAGCAGGAGUUCUGGUCCAGGAGGACAAAAUGUGAACAAAGUUAAUACAAAAGUUGAUGUAAGAUUUCAUCUACAAUCAGCUAAAUGGCUCAAUGAUGAACUUAAAAAUAAACUGUUUGAAAAAUUAAAGUCGAAAAUAACUAAAGAAGGCUAUUUAAUAUACAAAUCAGAUCUUACGAGGUCACAGCAAUUAAAUUUGGCUGAUUGUUUGGAGAAGAUUAGAAAUACCAUAUAUGAAUCUGUAAUUAAGAAACCAGAACCUUCUCCCGAGACUGAGGAAAUAAUCAGAAGAAGAAUGGAAAAGGCAGCAAAGGAGCGUUUAAUGCAGAAAAGACAUAAAUCUAUAUUAAAAAAUGAAAGAAGAGCACCAGUUGAUGUAUUAUAAUAGUUUGUGCAAUUUACAGAAAUUAAAUUUAGAUCACCAUUCCUCGCUUUUAAUAAAAGUUCUUUUGUGACAGAAAGUUGCAAAUUAAGGUUCAUUUAAAUGUAUUUCUCCAAAGGACUGUCGGGUUAUUAAUUAGGUAGAUUGGUUAGGCCGGAUUAUAUUUAAGUUAUCAGCCAAGUAGAAAUUCGAAACAAUUAUAAAUAAUAAACUAUUCAUUAUCUACA